AUGCUUGAAAAUCUCACGGAAUCCUGCCACUGUUUGAUAUUUGACCUUAUUUUCAACGAUGCUCCACAAGACUUCCGUCAGUACGACUUCCGUCAGCUUCUGGUAGCUCCGCCAAUGGUGAAUGAAAACCUUGAAAGUGUGACUCUUAGAGCUAGGCUUUUCGGACAGCGGUUUACCAUGGCUCUCACACGACUCUCCCACGACCAGGUUCUCAGAACACAAGAUCCAAAAGCUCCCUCUGGCCAGCCCCCCAUCCCAAGCACCAUAUUCUUUCCCACACCCCUGCAUCGCGCUUUCGCAUACUGCCGAUCUCCGAAGUGCUCGCCAGGUGUUCUCGUGGCCAAGGCAUCAUGGAAUCCCGGCGUACCUAUCUCAGCUACGGGCUUCUAUCUACAGUAUCGUUUCCUAGUUCCUUAUUCAUCAUCGUUUCGAACACCGCCCAGAUUCUAUAUACCGACACCAAACCCCCUCCGCAGUCUGCCUCAGAUCCAACCUCCGGCCCUCCUUCCUCUCCGCCCGUCAGAUGAUAUUCACCUGUGA